UAUUGAAAACCAUAGAAACCCAUCAUAUGGUGACGUGCACUCCGUUUCCCCCACAUCCCCCUUUAUAUAUAACCCUCUCCUCUUUGCACACUAUCAUCACAUCAUCAAGCUGCAACUGCAACACCAACAUGUCUAGUAUUAGUUCCAGUCCCCGGUAUCAUAAUCCGUCGAAACCCGUUGUCGUUCGUGUUCCGACUUUGUCCAUCAACUCCAACAAUAUGCAUGGUUUAGGCAAUGAAGAUGACAAGUCUUAUAGUUGCAGUGUUGUAAAAGGGUCAGUUUUGGUUCCUAGAGGGAACUGCAGCGAUGGAAACGACAAGGAUUCGGGACGUGAAAGGCUUAAAAGACACAGAGAAGAGGUUGCAGGAAGAGUUUCGAUACCUGAUAAAUGGGGUAAAGAAGAGUUGCUUAGAGACUGGAUGGAUUGUUCUUCUUUUGAUUCAUUGUUAGCUCCCUCUGGACUCGCUUCUGCUCGUAAAGCGCUUAUGGCUGAGGGAAGAAGAAGCAGUUCUCAACGAUUCAUGAGGCUUGGAAGUAUUAAACAUCCAACCUAAAAGGAAUUGGCGGGUUAUCAUUUCUGUUCAGCCGCUUCUCGAUCAUAAUGCAAAAAUAUGACUGUUUUCAA